UUGUUUCAGGCGAACAAAUGGAACGGAUCCUCAAUAGCGGCUGUUUUCCAUACACCUAUUCGACCAUUUUAUGUGAAAGUGGUACAUCGUAGUAAGCAACCCAGAACUGUACGGAAUCCAUGCGCCAAAAGCUCCUGCUCACACCUUUGUCUCAUGGAUGGCCAUGGCCAGUUCGAAUGCAAAUGCCCACAAUUUAUGCAAUUGCUGUAUGGAAGUACGAGCACAUGUGCAGAGGUGAAGUCGGCUGUGUUGCUGUCAACGAAGAAUUCCGUUAUUGGUGUGAAUGUCGCUUCACCGAAAGACACCGUAUUCACCGCGUCCGGUUUUCAA